GAGUAAAUACCGGACCAACUCCCUUCUUUGUUUAAAUUCCUCAAAACAAUUGGCUUGAUACGAUGCUCCACCAAAUUCAACCAUGGACCCAAUUCGGUAAAAUGCAAUCGAAUGUGGGACAAAUGACCGAGUCUGCAACUCUGAUUAGUGAUAAAAAUCCUGUAUGAUAAUAUAGCAGUCGGAGAAACGAGCGACUUCCAAGUCCUGGAGCCUCACUGAAAAUGGACGGGAAUGAGCAAGGGGUAAUAUCACAUAAGUGACUCCACUCCGAUACCCAUGUAACAUCUAUGGGCCUCACCUCGGGGUACGUGAGUGGAGUCGAAGCUCUAUGAAGGAAGGUGGAGGAUUCCCCACGGCUUCUUAGUUCCUAUGCUGGAUGUGAACAACCUCGGAACUUCUUACCGCGGAAAGUACUAGCUUCGUUGUUUCACCUUCGUCUUCAUUUUCAUUUUCAUUUCCUUUAACUUUAACUUUAACUUUAACUUUGGCUUCAACGUGCCUUCUUGUUGUUAUACCUACGUGAACUAGACGCCUACUUCCGAUAUUUAGACUUUAGUUGUUGCUUACUGUGCCAGAAAUCUUUGCUUAGCUGACUGCUAGAGUUGAUAACUAAUCGUCAUCAUCAUGGGUGUACUCAACUCUUUUCAUACACCGUUACAAAUACCAAAUGUCGAUCUAUGGCAACUAGUAUUCGAAAGAAAAGAUAGACAAUUCCCGGAAGACAAGGAGAUAUACACCGACCCGGAUACAAAGCGUUCAUAUACGUUGGCCCAAGCUAAAACCACAGCUCUCGAAUUCGGCAAAGGUCUCAAAUCACAAUGGGGGUUUAAAAGAGGCGAUGCUCUUGGUUUCUUCUCUCCCAAUAGCAUUGAUUAUGCCCCAGUGUUCUUCGGCGUGUUAUGGGCUGGCGGCGCUUGCUCAACCGCUAACCCGACCUACACGGCCAAAGAAUUAGCGUUCCAAAUGAAAGAUUCCAAAGUCUCUGGAAUCGUGACACAAAUUCCUAUGCUACCGACAGUUCUUGAAGCUGCGAAAUCCAUUGGGUUACCUGAGGACCGUAUCAUUCUGCUCGGUGACGCAAAGGAUCCGACGGGUAAGUUCAAGCACUUCACCGAGAUUCGAGCUUCGAGUAUUUUGGGUAUUCCCAAGCUUCGCCCGAGACUUGACCCGAAAAAGGAUACUUCUUUCCUCGUUUACAGCUCGGGGACCACAGGGCUCCCAAAGGGUGUCCAGCUCACUCACCACAACAUUGUUGCCAAUCUUAUUCAAAUAGCCCAUGUUGAGUCCUUGAAUGGUCUGUACCAUUCAGGUGGACCCGACGGGAAUGGUGAUAAGCAGAUUGCAGUGCUACCAUUCUUUCAUGUAUACGGUCUCACAUGCAUUGCGCUACAAAGCGCAUUUAUGGGCAUCCAAGCUGUUAUGCUUCCCAAGUUCGAACUCGAAAAGUUUUGUAAGGUGAUACAGGACUACGGUGUGACGUAUGCUUCCAUCCCACCACCUGUCGUACUCGCACUGGCCAAGCACCCUGCCGUUGGUAAGUACGACUUGUCGAGUGUUAAGUGGUUGGGUUCGGGUGCGGCACCGCUAGGUCGUGAGCUCGUCGAGCAAGUGUGGGAUCGCCUGACCAUCCCCGUGGUGCAAGGAUACGGACUUUCGGAGACGUCACCUGCUGUAACUAAGACCAACAUUGUUGAUUGGAAGCGAUUUAAUGGUUCUUGCGGCAAGCUGCUUCCUAAUGUUGAGGCUAAAAUUGUUGAUGUGGACACUGGUGCUGAGCGCGGCUUAGGCGAAGGUGAGGGUGAACUCUGGUUCCGCGGUCCGAAUAUUUUCCCCGGGUAUCUCAAUCGCCCCGAGCUUCAAGACAGCACUUUCAGCAAAGAUGGCUUCUUCAAGACCGGUGAUAUCGGUUAUGCUGAUGCCAAGGGUAACUUCUACAUCACGGAUCGAUUAAAGGAGUUGAUCAAGUAUAAGGGCUUCCAAGUCGCCCCCGCCGAGCUCGAGGCUAUUCUCCUAGGCCACAAUGAAAUAACAGACGCUUGUGUGGUACCAGCACAUGACCGUGAGCGUGAAACUGAGGUGCCGCGUGCUUAUGUGGUUCUGCGACCCGAUGUACCGCGUAAUGAUGAGAAGGCUGCCGAGAUCAUCAAGUUCAUUGAGGACCGCGUAGCCCAGCACAAGCGUCUUCGAGGUGGCGUCCGUUUCGUCGAUGAGGUGCCUAAGAAUGCUAGCGGUAAGCUGUUACGAAGAGUCCUGAAGGAGGCCGCCAAGAAGGAAGACCAGCGUGCUGAAGGGCCUAAGUUAUAGUAAAUGAUACUGGGAGAUUUAUGGAAAGCGUGGAUAUAAGGUAGAAGAAAUUUGUAAAGCUGAGCGUAAGAUUUGUCUUUGUAUUUGUGGGAAUACCUGAGUAUUUAUACAAAUAUUUAUACAUCUAAAUGGCCUCAUUCUACUCUACCCGUGAGUUGAGAUAGCC